AAAUGUCUUCUCCCUAUACCACCUCCCCCCCAGCUUGUCUUCUUCCCCCUCUAAAUCCGUGACCCUUUGAAUACGGAGUAUUAUUCAGAUUCUUGGACAUAUAUAUAUAAAACCCAUCAACCACAUGCAUAUCAUCAACCAAAUAACCUUACACGUUCUAGAAAUUCUUACAAUGGGGAACUGUUCUCUGAAAGGCAUUGCCGAGGCUGAAGGCCUCAAGUACUCUAUCCGGGUCAUGACGGAUUCCGGCAAUAUCGUCGAAUUCGAAGGUCCUAAGUCCGUCAAAGAAGUCCUCAACGACUACCCAGGACACGGGAUUUAUCAGAAGAGUCGCAUGUCUUCGGCAUUGAAUGAUCACGAACUGCUUCGCGGCGGCCAGUUUUACUACCUCCUCCCUCUUGUGGAAAACGGCAGAAUGGGUAAGAAAAAUGUGGACUCUGCUUGUGAAGCAGAGCCGAUAAGGAUGUCCACUUCUGCGGCGGUGGAGGUGCUGCCACCGCCGCAGAAGGGCGUGUGGAGGGUGAAGCUGGUGAUCGAUACGAAGCAGUUGGAGGAGAUCUUGUCGAAGGAGGUUAACAUGGAGGCGUUGAUUGAGCAGAUGAGACUGGCAGCGAGUUCAGCUAGUGAUUCGGCUGCGCCAAGGAGGGGGAAGAUGAUUAGUUGGGGGCAGUGGGGAGGAAAUUGGAAGCCGAUGGUUGCGAAUUUAUUCAAGGGGAACGGCGAUCAUCGGAGCAGAGAAGGGUCGCCGGACUUUUGCAUCGGCAGUCCGAGAAAGGGGAAGUUUGCCAAUGAGCUCAAUUUGGCAGCAUGAAAUUUCAACCUCAAUGGGAUGAUCGAAUUUGGAAACAAGAACAGUUUCAAAAUGUUGUACUCUUAUGUGAUACAUUUCCCUUGUAUCUAGUAAGUAUAAUGUUGAUUGAAAGUAAGGUUUAAAUGGUCCUUUUUUUUUUUUUGGCCUUUUUAUGGAUCGAUUGGAAUUU